AUGUUGCGGGAUAUUGGGAAGUUAGUGGAAGUGAGUGAAACUGUGUCACAAGCUUCAAUGAUUACGAAGUUUAUCUAUAAUCACUGCCAUCCUUUGUACUUGAUGAGAAAGUUCACAGGCGGACGAGAAAUACUUCGUCCAGCUCCAACUCGAUUCGCCACUAAUUUUAUUUCUUUGCAAAGUAUUUUGGCUCAAAAGGAUGCAUUGAGAGCUAUGGUGACAUCUAGAGAAUGGACAAGCUCAACUUACUCUAAAGAAGCCAAAGCAAAAAAGUUUGUGGAUCAAGUCUUAGAUUCUAAAUUUUGGAAUCAAUGCACUGAUAUUGUUAAGCUUAAUGAGCCACUUGUUCGUGUAUUGCGUAUUGUGGAUAGUGAAGAUAGAGCUGCAAUGGGUUUCCUUUAUCAAGCUAUUUAUAAGACUAGGAAAGAGAUGGUGAAGAAGUUUCAAAAAAGAAAGAAGGUUGUUGAUCCAUAUUUGAAGAUUUUAGAUUCACGUUGGGAUUUACAACUUAAAAGAAACCUUCAUGCUGCUGGUUAUUGGUUAAAUUCAGCUUUUCGAUUUAAUGCUACAGAAUUUGAAAAGCACAAGAAAACAACUUCUGUCCUACUAGAUGUCAUUGAGAGAUAUGCUUACGGUGAUGUAGAUUUGAUUUCUAAAUUGAUAAGUGAGAUGAGAAUCUUUAAGAAUGCUGAAGGAGACUUUGGAAGACAGUCUACAGUACGUGAGCAAAGCAUAGUGAUGCCUGUUCUUCAGGCUGUCAGCGUAACUGGAGCAUUUUUGAACACAUUCACUCAAAGAAAAGGAAUCGAAGAUUCACGACCAUUUUUAACCCCUGAAAAAGUUGAUGCGUUACGGAAUGAUCUUGCAAAUAUGUCUCUUCAAUCAGCUUUAGAUGAUUUGGAUCAAUUGAAUCUGGAAGAUGAUCGAGAUGAUGAUGAAGCUAAUAAUAAUUCUGUGAAAAAUACAAAUCAGAAUGAAACCAAUCAGGAUGUAGCUCCAGAUUUGUCAGAUGAAAAAAGAUAUCCAGACUUUGAAAUUACUCCUUGGAUAUAA